AUGAAACACGCGCUACUGCCUGUGAUCGCCGUGGCUAUGUGUUUUCUCGUGUCUGACCACCAUACUGUGAGGGCUGAAUGCACUAACCCACCCCCAGGAGUCUCCAGGAUGAUCAGAGGCGUGGACAUCACCAAACUGGACAUUGUCCCCCUUCAGAUUCUCGGCUCUAACGGUUUCAAGAGUCCUGUGUUAAACUUCACCUGCAGCGGUGGCCGGAGGUGGAGAAACCCUAGAGGGAUAGAAUACCAGUUACCUGACCAAGUUUGGCAGAUGACAUCAAUACCCGGAGGCUGGGUCUCUGCUGACGUCAGCCUCUACAAGACGUAUGAAGACGUCAGGAGAAGCAUGAAUUCUGAGGUCGGAAUCCGGGGUUCUCUUUGGAAGUUUUCCUUCUCCGCCAGCAGAAAUUACAUGAAACUGCAGAAUACAAUCUCCAACAGUUCCAGAUACGUUUCUGAUAUCGCAGCCUUUGAAUCUGCAACGCGGGUUGAUUUCAUUCCUAGCUGGGUCAUUGAAUUGGAUCGUUUUGCUGCAGCUUACAUCGACAGAAGAAUUUCUGGAACUUUCGAGUCUAAUCCGGCGGCAUACAACAGAUUUAUAGAAAAUUUCGGGACACAUUACUUCUCUACAGCCAACUUUGGAGGUUAUAUCCGGGUCACGUUUGAGACAAGCUCCUCGUAUUUCUACUCCAGAACAGACUCUGAAGUCAAAUCCAAAGCAAAAGCCUCGUUCCUAAAAAUUAUUUCCGCUCAUGGAGGGCGGGUGACAGGUUCUACAACUGAAGAUUCUACAUUUGUACAACAAUCCACACAAUCCAUUCGUUAUUUCGGCGGAGUUACGAAUCUGUUAGCACACGGUGGAAUGUCCCAGUGGCAGCCUACGGUAGAUAACGAUCCUUGGCUGUUUUCAGGAGAACUUCAUCCCAUUAGCGACCUGAUCACAGACGACACCAAAAGGACAUCGAUGGAGCGAGCUGUAAGCAACUAUGUCGUGCGAAGUUAUCUCAACGAACUGGAACGACUAGUAGUCACAGCAAAAUCCAAGUUAAAUAACCCAGUGCUGGACUCUUUACUAACCAGAAUCACUGCACAAAAAGUUAAACCUGCCUUGGUGGAGAAUGAAGUGGAGGUUCUGGGCAGGGAUGUUAAUGAGCAGAUUGUUGUGCCAGAUUGGUUCAGGUCGAACACUCAACUGUGCUACAAAUGGCGGGCUGAUGGAGAUGGGGGUCAGUGUGGUGGAGGAGCUGCUAAUCUUCUGUGUGUCAGACCCAACCUGAUGACUCCAGUUUAUAGAGAUGAUACUGACAGAAGGGGAGGCGGCUGUCGAAUGCAGUGGGGGAUCCAAUCACAAGGGUUUCCUUCUUGGUUCAACCAAGUCAGGGUUUGCUACCGCUGGUACCCUGAUGGUGAUGGAGGUCAGUGUGGAGGUGGGGCAGCACGAGAACUGUGUUCUAACAUCAACGAAUAUUCACCUGAAUAUCGAGACGAUACUGAUAACAGAGGAGGUGGUUGCCGGAUGUCGUGGAGGAUUGAAGUCCCCGAUUCCGCUCCACUCUGGAUGAAGACAUCAAAGAUGUGCUUCUCGUGGUACCCAGACGGCGAUGGCGGCCAGUGCUCAGGCCCUUCACGUGAUCUAUGUACUACAGCCAAUCAGUGGACAGAAUACUAUCGUGACGACACAGAUAACAGGGGCGGAGGCUGCAGAAUGAGUUGGGGAAUUAGGGUGGAUUUGUAA